AUGGGUUCUAUGAGUCCCCGCCACAUCUUCCCCCUAUUUGUCGCAACGACCACCACUUUUGGCGGACUACUCGCGCUCUUCAACCCCGCUGGUUCAAUUAGAGCUUUCGGCCUUCCGGAUAGCAUCGCCUCGUCCCCGACCGCUCAUGCUACCUUCAGCCUUUCUUCCGCGCGCACAUCAGUCAUUGGACUGCUGAUUUACACAUUUUAUGCCAGAGGCGACUUCGGGGCUAUCGACACCGUUCUUUUGACUUCAGGUCUUUACUGUGGUAUUGUCGAUGGAUAUGUUUGCUAUAAGGAAGGUGAACCGGGAAAGGCGCUGCUCCGAAUAUUGAGCUCAUGGGCGGUUGGGCUGUAUGGUGGGCUGGGGAUUACUUCUGUAAGCCAUGUUACACAUAUUAAUUCUAUGUUUGAGGCAGCUGUUGACUAUGGUAUUUUGCAUCCACAGGGAUGA